AUGGAUGAGGAGUCGCUCAGCGUAGGUAGCAUGGUGAUAGGUGGGAAAAGGAGGAACCGAGCACUUUACGUGGCGCUGCCUGUGCCCUCCGCCCUGUGCCCCUGGGCGCAGCUGUGUGGGAGAGAGGAGGGCGCGGCUGGGAGCCCGCGGGAGAGCGCCUCGGUCAGCCCCUUCGGAAAUGUCUCCUCCCGGGGGCAGGUACCCGUGUCAGAACAGUCGUAUCACAACGGUCUAGUAGGCGCGUUCUUUCCUCGCCCGGCCGGCCGCGCUCCGCGGAGUGGCCGGCAGAGGGCGCGGAGGGCCCGCUUGGCCUGGGAGAGCCGCUGCUCUGCGCCGGAGCGCCAGGGCCGCCCCAGGGGCCUCUGCCCGGGUGCCCCUGUGCUCGUCCCGGCGCAGCUCCCGCACCCGGGCCUCGCGGCUGCGGGGCGCUGGGGGCUCCGGAGCGGGCUCCUGCGGGUCGGGGCUCCUCUUCCCCUCCCGGCCCCGCAGAUCCGUCCGUUCUCCGGCUCACACCGCAGCAGGAACCUGGGGAGCGGGCACAGGAGCACUCGGAGUUCCGCCUGUCUCAGCCACCCCGAAAGAGAAGUAGAUCACCCUCCCGAAGAACCGGCGGCGGCACCUGAGGUCACAUCCCAGCCCUGGAUGGAUCACAUCCCUGGGCCAGGAGAGACUGUGCAGGAGGAAAUCCAGAUUGUCAUCAUUCAUCUCUGGGGGACAACGCAGACUUACGCAGAUGGCUUGCACAUGCUGAGAGAAGGAUGUGGUGGUCAUUCACUGUCAUCCGUGGUGACCACCCGCUGCUGCAUCCAUUUUCGUGAGGACUAUUCCACGAGAAGUUCCUGACACCGAACCAAGUGUAUCUUCUUCAGUGAAGAAACAUGUUAUAGGUGUUUAUGUGAAAUCUCCACUCGCAUGUCUCACUGGCCUUUCCUAUUCAGGAUUAUCUGGAGCUACUAGUUUCAGGUAUCACAUCUGUGACUGCUACUUGCACAGGCAAGCAAAGAGAGCUACGUAAUGACAAUACACUGGACAGUUGGGUCCUCGAGCCCGGACAAAGGAAUUUAUAAUAAAGGAAUCAGGCUGUGGACAAAGAUCCGAGACAAGGGAGUUAUCAUUGCUUGACAUGAAGUACAUGAGGUGCUUUACCUAAAAUUCCUCAUGAGAUGAAUAUCGUCGUUGCUGUUUUGUAGCUGAGAACAGUGGGACUUAUUCCAAGAGUUUGGUCAGUAGCCAGCGAGGGUGGAAAGAGUAUUUAGCUGCAGAUCUUCUCUAGGGUCAGUUCUUCUGCCUCUUUGCCGCGGAUGGCAUAGUGUUCUCCGUGUGGCGAAUUGCUGGAGUGGGGGAUCCCAGCAGUCACUAGGUACUAGUGACCUGAGGGCUUCCUGAGGAAAACGGCACAAAUGGCUUUUGACUCAAAGAUGAAUUAGGAUACUAGCAUGUACUCCCCUAAGCAGGCGAAGUCAAGAAAGCCAAGGAGCCCGGCAUGCCCGUAGGUCCUGUUUUAAGGUCGGUGUGUGCUGGGGGUGGGGCAGUUCUAAGUGCAGUGCUGGCUCCAGCAUUGGCUUUUCGUUUCUUUAAAAAUCCAGAUCCAGAAAAGGGGAGAAUAAAAACAGAGAGAGAGAAGACUGCCGUUGGAAGUGCAGUACAGAGCACAUGCGAUCCACGCCCAAGGCAAGGGGAGACGCUCACAGCGUGGAGGACUUGACGCAAGCGUCCUUUCUAAAUCCAGGAGCAAGCGCGAAAGCUGCCAGGGAGCAGUGCCAUCAUGCGGUAGACGAAGGAGUAGCAAGAGCUGGUGAGAAGAAGCAGUGGGCGGCAGCUGG